AUGGCCGCAAUUUCAUUUUGCUGGAUUAAACAGUUCUUGUUUACGCGUCCACCGUCACCCCCGCAGAAAACGACGGCGACCACCACCACCACUGGUGAUCACAAUCCUGAUGCUCCGUCGCCGAUGCCGCCGCCGUCCAGCACCGCCAACUCCAUCGCCUCCGCGACGAUGGAAAAGACCACCACCUCUCCUGCUCCAACCACUGACGAGAGCACUCUCGAGGCCCGGUCACCCACCGCCAGUAAUGUGGACUUGAUCCCAACCUGUUCUUGUUGA